CUUUAAAGUUUUUUGGGAAACCACCAAGCAAUUUCAGUCCGCCCGCGGUGAGAAUGCAUCCAUAUUUUGUUUUGGUGUGUGUGAAUGGAUCCAAUGCUGUCCAAUCUCAUUCACCGAAUUUUUCCCAUUUGGACUUGGACAGGAUUUAAACGUCCUCAAGACAGUUUGAAGAACAGAUAACUCAAUCAUAUCACAGUUAUUUUUUCGUACUGUUAGAUUUUCUGUUAUUUUGAUUGUAAAAUCUCUCUUUUUUUUUCAACCUGGAUAAACCCAUUUGCCUGUUUUGAGGCUUGCCAUCUCCUCCUGCUAGUCUUUUUUCCAUGAAUUUUGGCAUUCUGUACUUUGAUUCUUGACGGUCAGCGUGGUAUAUUAACUGCACCCGAGCUCACUUGGAGCGAGGGCUGGAAGUACUUUUGUUGUGGUGGGUUUUCAUAUAUGGUGGAGAUUAUUAAGCAGGAGUAGUAGUAAUCUCUGAGCAGCAUGGAUCUGGAAGCAGGCCCAUAUACCGCCAAGAAUUAUCAAAAGGAUUCAUACAAAACUGUGUUGACUCUGGCUUAUCAGAGUUUAGGAGUGGUAUAUGGUGACCUUAGCACUUCUCCUCUCUAUGUUUACAAAAGCACAUUUGCUGGAAGAUUGAAACUCAAGGAAAAUGAGGAUGAGGUCCUUGGGGUUCUUUCCCUUGUCUUCUGGACUUUUACACUAAUUCCCCUCUGCAAAUAUAUAUUUUUUGUUUUAAGAGCAGAUGACAAUGGUGAAGGUGGGACUUUUGCCUUGUAUUCAUUGCUUUGCAGACAUGCAAAAUUGAGCCUUAUGCACAAUCAUCAACCUUCAGAUGAGCAACUCUCCACAUACAAGCUAGAAAGUCCUCCUCGAGAUACAUUUCAGAGUUCUGCAAUCAAGUCAUUCUUUGAGAAACAUCGUAGAGCCCGCUUGUUUCUCCUCAUGGUAGUGUUGCUUGGAACAUGCAUGGUUAUUGGCGAUGGAGUGCUUACACCAACAAUCUCAGUCCUCUCAGCAGUGUCGGGUAUCAAAGUAAAGUUCAGCUGCCUUCAUGAAAAUCACAUUGUGACCAUUUCAUGUGUCAUCAUAGUGGGACUCUUUGCACUGCAGCAUUAUGGAACACAUAGAGUAGGGUUUCUCUUUGCACCCAUUGUCAUAGCCUGGCUUGUCUGCAUUGGUGGCAUUGGAAUUUACAACAUAAUCCACUGGAACCCGAGUGUGAUCCGAGCAGUCUCACCAUACUAUGUGUACAUAUUCUUCAAGAAGACACAAGUAGAUGGCUGGGCCUCCCUUGGAGGUAUUGUCCUUUGCAUCACAGGUGCUGAGGCUAUGUUUGCAGAUUUGGGUCACUUUUCUCAGUUGUCAAUCAAGAUAGCAUUUACUGGUGUUGUCUAUCCCUCUUUGAUUCUUGCUUACAUGGGGGAAGCUGCAUUUCUUUCCAAAAACAAGAAUGCAAUAGAGAGCAGCUUCUAUAAGGCCAUUCCAGAACCUAUUUUUUGGCCUGUUUUCAUUGUGGCCACCAUGGCUACUGUAGUGGCAAGUCAGGCAGUCAUCUCAGCAACCUUUUCUAUAAUCAACCAAUGCUCAGCUCUAAGCUGUUUCCCUCGUGUGAAGGUCAUCCAUACCUCCAAUAAAAUACAUGGACAGAUAUAUAUUCCAGAAGUUAACUGGAUCUUAAUGUGUCUCUGUCUUGCUGUUACUAUUGGCUUCAGAGACAUAAGCAUGAUUGGUCACGCCUAUGGAUUGGCUGUCAUUACUGUCAUGUUUGUUACAACCUGCUUGAUGUCUUUAGUGAUUGUUACGAUAUGGCAGAAAAGCAUAUUUGUAGCCUUGAUCUUCUUAGUCUUUUUUGGAUCUAUUGAACUUGUCUAUGUCUCUGCAUCUCUGAUCAAAGUUCCUAGAGGAGGCUGGCUUCCACUGGUGCUGUCCUUAAUUUUCAUGGUCAUCAUGUUUGUUUGGCACUAUGGCACCACAAAGAAGUACGAGUUUGAUUUGGAAAACAAGGUUUCCAUGGAAAGAAUAUUGAAUCUGGGACCUAGCCUUGGCAUAGCUCGUGUGCCUGGAAUUGGACUUGUCUAUACAGACGUAGCAACAGGAGUCCCUGCUGUCUUUGGUCAUUUUGUUACAAAUCUGCCAGCUUUCCAUCAAGUCCUAGUGUUUGUAUGCAUUAAAUCAGUUGAGGUUCCAAGAGUUCCAGUGGAGGAGCAUUACCUAAUAGGCAGAAUAGGCCCGAAGGAGUACCGGAUGUUUAGAUGCAUAUUAAGAUAUGGUUACAAGGAUGUGCAUUAUGACAAUUAUAACUUUGAAAAUCAGCUAAUUUUAAAAAUUGCUGAGUUCAUUCGGAGGGAAAAUGAAGAUCAUGAAGUCGCAUAUGACAAUGAAACCUUGAAUGAUACAAGAAUGACAGUAGUUGGAACGCCUGCAGAGUCUCUGGCAACAAUGGUUGCUUCAGAUAAAGUAGAGGAAGUCCACUCUCCUUUGGUUAGAUCUCCUGUUAGGAUAUCUCCAGUAGAUGAUUCUCUGCCCAGAAAGAAGAAGGUGAGGUUCCAGCUCCCUAUGAGCCCAGAGCUAAGUCCUGAUGUCAAAGAUGAACUUGAGGAUCUUCUUCAAGCUAAGGAAGCAGGUGUUGCCCAUGUGUUGGGUCAUACUUACCUGAAGGCCAAAGAGUCUUCGUCCAUCCUUAAGAAAUUUAUUAUCAACAUUGCUUAUACUUUCCUGCGUAGGAACUGUAGAGGGCCUAGUGUUACUUUGGGCAUUCCCCAUACUUCUUUACUUGAGGUGGGUAUGAUCUAUUACGUAUAAGCCCACAAAAGUCCAAAGAUAUGAAAAUAUUGCUUUUUCAGAUAAAAAUGUCCACUCUUUAUAUUAAAUUCCAAAGGUGGGAAAAGUUGAAAGUUUUGCCUAGGUACUCUUUAUUUGCAGGACAACGACAAUUAUCUGAUGCAAGGGCAAAAUCAAGUCCUUUUGAGUUGGAUAAAGCUACUGUAUGUAUAUCCUGCAAAAGCAUAUUGUGCAUCUUAUCUGCAUUUUAUAUUUGUUAUUUUGCCCGCUCAGGUGAAAUUAUGAUGGGCUUUGCAUCAUGUCAGAAAGGCAGAAUACAAACCUAUGCAAAUUGCAAAUUACAUAUGCAAUGAGACUCCAACAUUCUUUGAUUCCUCAAGAUUUCUGUUUCAAAUAUGUCAAUUGGUCGGCCUAAUAGCCAGUCCAACAAAAUUGUACCAUGUGGAAAUCCACUCCAAGAAAGCUUAUCAGUGGAGAAUGGUAGAAGUAGAUCAAAUUCUGGAUGUUUAACCUUAAAGAUGCCACCUUCCGGACUUUUAGAAUUCACCCUCCCCACACAACAGUGCUCCAAUAUUAUCAUCUAAUGAGCUCGAAAGCAAUACAAAUUACAAACAGUAUUAACCAGCAAAAGCAUUCUGGUCCACGCUAUAAAACACUCUCGUUUUAAGUUUUAA